CUGAUCACAGAGGAAGGCUGUGCUUCUCUGGUCUCAGCUCUGAGAUCCAACCCCUCCCAUCUGAGAGAGCUGGACCUGAGCUACAAUCAUCCAGGAGACUCAGGAGUGAAGCUGCUGUCUGCUGGACUGGAGGAUCCAGACUGGAGACUGGACACUCUCAGGGUGGAGCCUGGUGGAGUCCGAUGGUUGAGACCAGGUCUGAGGAAGUAUUCCUGUCAACUCACAAUCGACACAAACACAGUGAACACAAAGAUCAAACUGUCUGACAACAACAGGAAGGUGAUAUAUGUGGAGGAGGAUCAGUCAUAUCCUGAUCAUCCAGACAGAUUUGACUUCCGGCCUCAGCUGCUGUGUAGAACUGGUCUGACUGGUCGCUGUUACUGGGAGGUCGAGUGGAGUGGAAGAGUUCAUAUCUCAGUGAGUUACAGAGGAAUCAGAAGGAGAGGCAACAGUGAGGACUGUGAGUUUGGAUGGAACGAUCAGUCCUGGACCCUGUUCUGCUCUGAUGUCAGUGGUUACUCUGUCUGUCACAGUAAGAGUGGAACAUCUAUCUCCUCCACCUCCUCUGUCUCUAACAGAGUAGCAGUGUAUGUGGACUGUCCUGCUGGCUCUCUGUCCUUCUACAGAGUCUCCUCUGACUCUCUGAUCCACCUCCACACCUUCAACACCACAUUCACUGAACCUCUGUAUCCUGGGUUUGGGUUCUGGUCCAGGUUCUUGUCUGGUUCCUCAGUGUCUCUGUGUUCAGUGUAGCAGAGUCUCCUCCUGUCAGAGAAACUUUCUCUCUGUUGAACAGAGAGUUCAGUCUGUUCAUGUCUGUGAAUAUUUGUCUUUUCUUAAUUUUCAGAUCAGUGUAUUAAAUCAGUCCAGCCCUUUAAAUGAAGGAUGUUAGGAUUAUUGCAGGAUAAAAAUGUUGUUGACUUUUACUGUGUUUCAUCUGUUCAGAUCAGAUUCGACCUUUGACCAAUGGAUGUAACUUUUCUCUAAGAUGUUUAGAUCUUUGAUUACUGUCAUCUGACUCCACCCAGAGGCCCAGACUUUGAUGAUUUAUAAGCCAAUCACAGCGUCCCACAUCAUCUAAAGUGGACAGCAGUAGAGUAGAAGUAGAACCACAAACCCUUUGUCAGCAAACAUGGCUGACCAUGAGGCGAGAGGGAAGUUUAAGGCACAUUUUAAUCUGUUAAUCAAAUUGUUAAUGUACAUAUUUUUUGUUUAAACUGUGUUUAAAGUAAACAUGAGAUGUUAUAUUACUCAGAAUGUCAUAUUAAAGAUGUAUAGCUGUCAAACAAUUCAUCCAUUGGAAUGGUCAGAGGAUUUUAAUGUCACAAAUAUUCUAAUGCUACAUUGAUUAUAUACUCAGAACUCUGGCUUUGAACUCACUGAUUUCUGGAGAUAUCUCAGAAAUUAAGGAUGUUAAGAGCAGUUGGUUUUUUUCCUCACUUUGUUAUAAUAAUUCAAAAUAUAUAUGCAUUAUGUUUUAAAGCAUCACUUUAUUCAUUUAUUUGAGUUACUGUUCAGGUCUUUUAAGAAUAUUUAUUGACAAUUAUAUUAUUGGUCAGUUCACUUUUUGAUGAUUUAUGAGGGCAUUUAGAGUAGAAAUACACCAUUACAGUAGUGUUUUUGUUUGGAACAUACUAAUCUUCUGCAUAGGUUAAUUCUGACUGUCAUUCUUUUGUGUUUUCACAAUUAAAGCAUCACUGUGAA